GCAAGUUAUCGUUGGAUACCAGCUGGAUAUGUUUGUGAAUCGAUUGUAUAUUGAUAUAAACAACGUGAAAUGCUUCAUAUUAGAUUUUAAAUUGUUUGAAUGUCUAGAUUCUUAUAUAUUUUUAUAUACAUUUUUAUAUACAUAUAUACUUUUUAAUAUCCUAAUGAUGAGAUAUAAGAAGUUUUGCUUCAUUGCUUUGACAAUAUGAUUCGAGAUUUCAAUGAUAACUUCACUAUCGAAUAUUUGACAUCACGAAACAUUUGAUCGCUCUUCUGCACUGUUUUUGCCAUGUGAUAAUCCGAAAUUAUAUUUAACUUUUAUUUAUAUUAUAUUUUAGAUGUGUGAAUAAUAUCUAAACUAAAAACCCAUUUUUUUAAAUAACCCAGACAUUUAAAUACUUCAUAUAACGUUUUUUUUUUUAAACAAAUGUAAUGCUUAUUGUGUAUAGCAUUGUGUCUUGAAAGCCUCUAAACGUGUUAUUUUUUUUCUUUAUUGUGAUGCAUGAAUAGAAAAAUUAAUUGCUAUGCGUAAAAGAAAGUCCAUGGAACUCCACGUUGUCAUGCCGUCUCAUUUUACACAGACUGUUUCCGCGUAUUAAUUGCUGAUCAGCAGGUGUUCACUUUGCUUAUCAGCGAAUUUCCAGUAACGGCAACAACCGUGGAUUCGUACUAUGAAUUCUUCAAUUCGUGUACAGCUAGCGAAGUGGACAGUCCCGGCGGUAGCUGUUGCCGUUGCAUUCUUUUGGUACAAACGCCGUCGGAUAGACAGAGGUGAACUUCAAUGGAAUGACUCAGGAGGGACUACGAAAUCGAAUCAUGUAGAACCAGUGAUUUUAAAUAAUAUGAAGGAGGUUGAUAUCAACCUGUACGAGUCUAAUGUCCAGAAGGAGAUUAACCAGGAAUCCUCUGUUGAUUGCUGCCACACGCAACAAGAAGAGCCGACUCGCGUUCUAAGGAAGGUCAGCGAGAACAUAGAUAUUCCGUUAAAAAAUUCAACGCCACAAUCCACCUUUUGUAGCGGUAGUCAGAGUAAACACAUAGAUGCAGAGUUUAGCAAUAAUGCGAAUGAGAGUUUUAAAAUGAUCGCCACGAGCGCAUCCUCCCAGUCCAGCAAGAACGUCGACAACGUAACGAGAACAUUUGAAAAUGCCACCAGUGAGGAGCAAACUCUACAUUGCGAGACGGAGCCAUCUAGGCAAGAUUUUACCACGAAUGAAUGUAAUUAUAAGGAGGAUGGACAGCAAUCUGAGGGACACAUCGUGCAAAAUCAGGGACAAGUGGCCGACGAAAGAGACUCGGCCAAUCAAAGCCCAGUUUCCGUAGUUCUAGACGGCAGCGUUACGGACGAAGGCGGGAGCGAAGGAAGCAAUACGGAUAGUGGAAAAGGUGGAAGCAUCAACGGUGGUAAAAAGGACAAUGCUGCACCAACCACACACAAUUUUGCUAUACCGCAACAUUUAGUGGGCAGAUUGAUUGGCCGACAUGGUAACUUUUUACAAAGUAUCCGUACAAAAGCCAACGUCAGCAUAUAUGUCAAUGAUCACCCUUGCGAUGGCGAUCAUAAGAUUUGCUCGAUACGAGGCAGUGUUGAGGGAAUUACUGUUGCGCUUAAAAUGAUAAGGCAGAAGUUUCCAGAGAAAAGGUUUCCGCAGGUAACAUUAGCGGAAAUCUCAACAAUAUCUGAGGUGAAUGAAGAAGCUCCGUUCUUUAUACAGCGGCCCUUGUCUUUGGUUGUUGGUGUUAAUAACGACAUCAAUAUCUCUCAUAUUGUUAAGCCAAACUGGCUUUUCGUUCAGCUUCCGACUCAUCCGUCAUUUCCUUAUUUGCAAUAUCUAGAGGAUGAUAUGAUGAGGAGUUAUUGCAAAGAAUUUUUGCCAAUUCCGGAUGUAUUGAAUAAGGGCGAUUUUGUAGCUGUAUAUUGGAGCGAUAAAUGGGUUAGAGGAUAUAUUGAACGCCCAGAUCCAUCGGGAGAGAGAAGCGUCGUGCGAUUACUUGAUUAUGGUGGUUAUUGGCAGUUUAACAAUUCCCAAUGUAGGCCAUUGUUAUAUAAUUAUUUCAGCUUGCCCUUCCAAGCAAUCGAAGUCUUUUUAGCAAAUAUCCAGCCAAAGAACGGUAUAUGGUCGACAGAAGCUUACAACGUAGUACAAAAUUGUUCCUCAAAGGGAGUUGCCCAAGCACAGGUUGAAGGUCGCAUUCAAACUAAUGUUUAUGCAACUAUUUAUUUUACUAUACAAAAUUACGGACUAAUUUCCCUUACUGAUGAAUUGGUAAUGAACGGACAUGCUGAACAUGUAGCAUGGGAGCAGAUGAAGCCAGAAACACUUGAAUCCAUCUGUACAUAAGAGUUGUAAAAACUCUACUAUUUUCAGAUUUCCUAUCAAACUAUCAUGCAUGAUUUACGGUUCUUAGUCAGUAUGGACUAGAGUUUAGUACAAUCGCCAUUGAUAAUCUCCUUUAAUCGCGUCAAAAUUGAUUAUUUUGCUUUUUGACUUUAUUCAUUCUCGUAUUUCUUUAUUGAAGUCACUGUAAAUAUUCUGACUUAUAUAUUUCCUAAUGGUUGAUUAUCUAUAUAGAGAUAUAAAGUAAAUAACGCAGUAUAUAUAUACAUAUAUAUAUUAUAUAUUAUUCUAACAAUUAUGAAAAUAGAUUAUAUUUCGCUGUACAGGAGACAGAUAUUUUUGUCGCGUUUAAAUAGCAUUUACAGUUACACCCUUAAAUAUUGCUCGGAAAGAACAAUUCUGUAAGCACAAAACUCGUUUCACAUGAGUUCUGACAAGUACAAAAGAUUUGAUUUAGUCCAAUAACGUAAGAACCUUUUUACAUCAAUUCCGAAUUGUAUAUCGCUCGUGAUAUUUUCUCUUUUAUCUGGAAAACUAAAAACUUUUCAUACCGAUAAUGUUAUUUGCAAGAGGAGUCUUUCAAAUAAUUUCACAUAAACGUUCAAACAAUUGUUUUCAUUGUCUUGAGCGCCUUGAGACUGCCGUAAAGAAAAUAUAACUGCUUAACUCUUCUAUAUCCUUAUACCUUUGUGUAUAUUGUAAAAUAAUUUAUCGAUUGUAGAAUAUUUAAAUUUCAUAAGAGAGGAAGUUAUAUAGAUUUGCUAUAAUAUUGGUCGUAGAAUAGAAUAAACAAUAACAUUGUAUUUUACAAAGUAGCGUCUAAAACGUAUUGAAUAACUCAGACGAAUUAGGAAAUUCGUUUCUACGUGACUCAUUCAUUUGCGAUUGAGGACGAUUCGAGAAUCCAUUGAAAACAACUCUAAUUUUUUCAGAUUAAUUUUAGAUAGAUCACUGUAGAUUAAACUUGUUAUCGUAAAAGUUAUUGUUGAAUAUUGCAUUGCAUUUGAUGUCCCACGUUAGAGUAUGAAAUUAUUUCAAAUUUACUACCAAUUUAGAGAUUUGUCUUCCAAACAUUAUUUUUCAGUAGCUUGUAUUUUGUAUAACUUUAUUAUCAUAGCAUAAAACUAUAUUUUAUGCAUGCUAAUUAUUAUCUCAGAAUGAUUUUUGAGAUUUUUGGUGUUUCAAAGAGAUUAAGGAUACUUUGAAUUAAUCCAGACGUAUGUACGUGUAAAACAUAUUCAAUUGUUUACUUCGAUGUCGAUGAUUCAUACGCGAUAUGUAAACGUUGAUCUUUUCUAUGCAAGAUUUCAGUGCAGUAGAAAUUAGUUAACUGAAAAAAAAGAGUAUAAAUAAUUUGUAACUCGUGCAUUGCGCGCUCAACUGGAAACGUUUUGCAGUUAUAUGGAAUGUUAAUAUUUAAUAUUGUUGAUGGAACGUGAUAUAGAAAUAUUUUUCUAGAAAUAUAUACAUGUAAUAUUACAAUCAUUAAAUCGCUCACAGUAUACAUGCUUUCUCGCAAGCUGCGAUUAACUUAGUUUAUUAUAAUUUAUUAUAAUUCUUGAACAAAAAAACAUAACGACAAUAUGGCGCAACAAACGUCGUUACGUAAUAUUCAUUCAUAAUUCAUUUUGUGUAUAUAUACGUAGCUGACUGCAAUUUUUGACAUAUUCAAAUUUUGUACAACACUUAGCUUUAUAUUAAUCAUUUAUAUUAAUUGGGUAAAUUUAGUAGCUUUUGUAUAUUUAUAAUCUUUGGAGUUAUCAGACUUGCAUCAAUCUUUACUGUAAGUUUCUCUUACAUCUUUUAUACAUUUUCUGUAAAAUAUAGCAUAAAAAGAAACAAUAAAGAGAACAGCAUAAUGCUAAGAUUUAAGCCAUUGUUUUGUAUUGUAAAGCAGAAAUAAAGAUGUUUGUAAAUAGUCAAA